AUGGUCAGCUCCGCCGCAUUUCUCCUUUUCGCCGGGCUCGCGUCCGCAGGCAUUCUCGCUCCGCGUCAGCAACAAAACGAGACGGCGGCAGUCGACAUCACGGCGCUGAACAAGAACGUCACCGCGACCUCGGGUAGCGGCGCAGUCAGCGCCGCGGGGACACUGUCUCCGUUUGGAGGCAUUGGAGUCGGAUGUGGUAUUAACUGGGCGGAAGGCCAGUCUUUCGGAGGCGGUCUGCAAUCCGGCUCCGACUCUUUCGGUCUCGGUGGUGGAUUCACCAUCACUAAGGACAAGAUGAACAUCGGUCUCGGCAUUGGCGUCAACCCGAUCAAGUUCAACUCAAAUGUCAACUUCGAGGCGUCGACGAACGGAACCGUGAGCUUGGUGUUCGCCUCCACGGGGACGAUGAAGUGCGAGGAGACGACAACGGCGGAUGGUCUCAAGGGCGUGAAGUGUACUGUCUCGUCUUAG